AUGAGACAGUCCAUGGAUAUGGAGGCUAAGAACAUACCUGGAAAGAUGAGUAUCCCAAAAAAGUUCAUCUUCUCAGGGUCAAAGGCUGUUGAACAUCCAGAUUACCCACACUACUGUGAACUCCUACGGAAAAUGAAUAUGCCCUUUGUGAAAGGAUGUGAAGACAGACAUAACUGUGGAAGAUUUGAAAAGAAAUGCAACCCUACAUUUGCAAAAUUUCAUCCUUAUCCCCCUUCAGGCCUGCCAAACUUUCAUAAUCACUACCCAUAUCCCCCACCAUAUGGUCAGGAGUAUCCGCUAUCUCCACUUCGUGAUGAUGUGAACUUGGGUGACCCCUGCUCAGGAUUUAUGAGUCCUGGUGGAGAUGCUGAUUUAAAGCCUGGCAUUGGCAGAGCUAUACCAAACCUGGUGGGUUUCGGUGAUGUGAAACCUCAAAAUAGAGUUCCUAGGCCAGACAAAGGAUUUCAAACAACAGUAAAAAGGCAGACUAUACUAUCACAAAAGCUACAACAGGACAGGAAAUGGAAUUCCAGGGAAGUAUCAGACAUUUCCAUCAGGGCAAAACUUGGAGGUUGGACAAGCCCACUGAAAGUUACUGCUUUACCAGCUCAGGAACAUAAAAAAGACUCAUUAAGCUGCUUACACAAAUUUGAUGAGGAGGCGACAAGUACAGAUGAUAGUGGACCACUUGUCCAGCAAGGCAAGAAAUAUAAUAUAAAGGAUGCAUUUUACAAAUCUUCAACACAGAAAGCUUAUGAACAUGUUCCUUGGGACAAGAUGCUAUCACCAAAACCUGAUCCAGAAAAAACAACAGCAGAAAAAGCUGCUGACCAAAUCUCACAGUAUUUUACACUGAGAAGAUAUGAAAAUGUGCCAGCUAUAACCCAGAUGGUCGGAGGACUCUGGGACAGAUUUCAGACAAGAUGGUUCUCAGUGGCAAACAAACCAAUCAGUUUUGUGAGUCCAAGUUCUAGGAGUAAAUACAUUCCUCUCUAUACUGGUCAUGUGCAGAAUACAAACGCUGAUGAUGUGGACAACCCCUUUGGAGAUAUCACAUCUGUGGCCAUGCCUCGGCACUCUAAGCUGCUCUACACAAACACAAGCCAUGCUGCAAAUAUUCCAGGAUACACUGGCAAGGUUCAUUUCACAGCCACCCACCCAUCAAAUUCUAAUGUUCCACCAACAGAUUCAGAGAUGGACCGCAUCUUACUACAAGAAAUGAAAGUUGACCACUUCCGUCACCAGGCCCCAAUGUCUCGAAUGGUUACAACUGUGAAGCCCUACAACCCCUUCAACAAGAAGGAAAUAGAAGCCUUUGACUACUGUAGGAGACAACACUUCUGA